CGUGAAACAGUUCAAUAUGGCGGGCAAAGUCAGUUGAAAGUUCUGAUCGAUGUGGAAUCAACUGUGAUUUGACGUUAUAAAGACAGUCACUGCAUCAGUGAUAUACAGCAUGUGAGAAGACCAGCAGAUCAUGUAGUUUUUGCCAUCUUUCUCAUUCAGCAUGGACAAGGUAUGAUGGAUGACCAGGCGAACAGCAGAAUAUUAAGAUCGGACGAGACUUUUGAUGUUAAGUCUGACUGCUUAUUCUGUGCUAAUUAUGCUAAAUCGGACAAAAAGAAAAGGGGAGGGGAUGUAUGGGAUGUCAAAACUUUUGACUUUCAAGAAACUAUAAUAAAGAAAUGUAAAGAAAGAAAUGACCUUUGGGGUAUAUCAGUGUUUGGAAGAAUUGAGCACAUCAUAGAUCUGCCUGCUGCUGAUGCAGUUUACCACCAGACAUGUAAUACAAACUUCCGGACUGGAAAAGACAUACCUUUGAAAUAUCGUUCAAAUAAAAGACAAAAAACAAGUUCAAAAAGUCCAGGAAGGCCUGUUGAUAAGGACCAAUUGUUAGCGUUUCAAGAAGUUGUGAAAUAUGUAGAAAGUUCGGAAGGUAAAGUCAUAUCAGUGAGUGACCUCGUCCAAAAAAUGACUGAACUCUGUGGUGACAAGUCUUACAGUACAAAACAUAUGAAAAACAAACUGAUAGAACACUUUGGUACUGAUAUUGUUAUAGGAGAAUUAGAUGGUAAAAGUGACAUUAUAACCUUAAAGAUUACAGCUUCAUAUAUCAUUCAUAAUUUUCACAAGAGUCAGAAAAAUGAGGCAUCAAAUGAACGAGAAAAUAUCUUGUUAACAGCAGCUAAACUUAUCAAAAAUGACAUCCAAUCCAUGCAGUAUGAUAAGUCGUUCUACCCAGCAUCAGAAAAUGUUAAAUCAAUUGAAGACAACUUAGCAUUUUUGCCAAAGAGUUUACUGAUAUUUUUGAACAACAUAUUUGUUGAGAAAGAUUGUAAGUUGAAAAUCGCUGUUGUCGGGCAAGCAAUAAUGCAAGCUUGUGCCCCUAGAAAUGUUAUUUGUCCUUUGCAGUUAGCCUUAGGCUUACAAAUGCAUCACCAGUUUAGUUCGAGGUUCCUUAUUGAUACUUUGUUUCAAUUAGGCCUAUGCUCAUCAUAUGGUGAAGUACAAAAGUUUGAAAUCAAUGCAGCAGCUUCAAACUCAACAUUGUUCAAAAAUUACUUCCCUGGACAAUUCAUGCAAUUUGUAGCAGACAAUGUCGACCACAAUUCGAGGACACUUGAUGGACUGAAUACUUUUCAUGGAAUGGGUAUAAUUUCUUGUAAAACCCCAGGGCAGAAGACCAGUUGGAAUAUACCAAGGACGGAUGCCAACUAUAGCCAGUUAUCAGAGGCCAACAUUGAAAUUAAGUAUUACAAGCCAUCCGAGGCUUCAGUCCCGCCCAUCAAAUUUAAUGAACUGACUGAGAUUUCCCCAAAGAAUAAGAAUUUCUUCCAUUCUGCCAACUUGUUGAUCAAAUCUGUUUGGAUUGCAAGACAGACAAGACCUAAUUGGUCAGGAUUUAUGCAGACAUUUCAGCAAGGAACACAUCCAGGGGCAGCAAAUGUGACAUUUUUGCCAAUGAUAGACAUGGCGCCUAGUGAUCUCACAUGUAUCAACUCUACUUUAUGGUUUGUUGCAAACCAAGCAGAGAAAUUUAGUGUGACACCUAUCAUAACCUUUGACCAACCACUGUACCUGAAAGCUCAUACAGUAAUAAGAGAACAGAAUGCCGACAGUCCGUUAAGACGGGUAGUAUUGAGACUGGGUGGAUUCCAUAUGCAGAUGAGUUUCUUGGGGUGCAUAGGGCACAUUUUUACUGACACUGGAUUGCAAGAAAUAUUGGAGACAGUCUAUGCUUCAAACGCAGUUGUUCACAUGUUGACUGGAAAGUCUGUCCAUAGAGCUGUUAGAGGUUAUUUUAUACUUGACACUGCACUCCAUGCUUUGAUGUUGUCUGAACUGUAUAACAGACCGCUGGACGCACCAAUAUCUGAGCAGUUGAGUAACCAUGGUGUAGAAAAUGCGAAUGGCUCAACAAUCGCUUUUCCAAACACAGGUUUAACAGAGGAAUCAGAGUCGUCAAGACAAUCGAUAGACCAUAAUGAAAAUAUCUACGACGCUCCUAAUGAUGAUGUAGAAGCUAUCGGUCACUUAUACGACGCCAUUUCAAGCGACAAUGCAACACUAGAUGAUACCAAAACAAACACACACCUGAAAGCGAUUGAUGAAAAUAUAUCACAUUUCAGACAGAAGUUGAAAGAAAAUAGGACAGCUCAGCUUUGGUUCCAAUUCAUGGACAUGGUAUCACUUUUGCAGCAGUUCUUGAUGGCUGAGAGAACAGGCGAUUGGGAAGGUCACUUAUCAAGUGUAAAAAGCAUGUUACCCUAUUUUGCAGCUGCGGGUCAUACACACUAUCUGAAGUCGUGCUACCUAUACCUAAUGGAUAUGAUGAAUUUGUCCACUGAUCAUCCAGACGUUAGUGAAGCUUUCUCACAGGGACUCCAUGUGGUCAGAAGAACAGAUCGGUACUGGGCGGGCUUGUCAACUGAUUUGAUUAUCGAGCAAGUUUUGAUGCGUGCGCUUAAGACAAGUGGUGGACUAACACGUGGCCGAGGCAUGACUGACAAUCAGAGAUCGCUAUGGGUACUAUCCAUGCCUGCGUGUUCAGAAAUGAACGCUGCAGUACAGGAAUUGACAGGAGUAUAUUAUGCCACCAGUGAUCAACACAAAGACGUAGGGACAACAAGAAACUCAAAGGACAGUACAGACACUAGAACUAUAAUCAAGUUUCUGUCAGAGAGAAACCCGUUUGACGAGGCUGUGCAAGAUCUAAGAAACAUUGAAACCGGUGUAUUUGCUGAACUGAACGUAAAUAUUGACAAAGCAAAGGACGUUGGAAGCAGUGUUUUAAAGGACAUGAAAGACAAAAAUGUAGAUGUGUAUACAUUUAGAAGAGCAGACCAAGUUGUGAGAAUGAAUGUCAAGUCCACUCUGAAAGUUGAUGAUGAACUGAUAGAAGUCGAUCCACAACUUUUGUUUCAGCGUCUCAUAACUGUUGCUGACAGAAACAUGCCAAAUAUGCCAGAUAUAUUCAAGUAUGAAUUGUGCCAAGUUCCAUCGUCUAUGUUUGACAAAAGCGGACUUCUAAGAGAGGCUAACAAACCGAAUUUAUCCGAAGCUAUUUGGAAUAUGGGUGACUGUCAAGCUAACACCUUCCCACAAUCACCAACAUAUGUUUUAGAUGGUGGGUCAUUGCUGCAACGUGUUCCAUGGAAGAAAAACAGUACAUUUCAGCAGAUAUGCCAACAAUACCUUCGAAGUAUUCAACAACACUAUGGCAACAGAGCAAAAGUUGUGUUUGACGGGUAUUCCUCCUCACCAAGUCUCAAGGAUGUUACACAUAUGAGGCGAACGAAAGGAAAAAUAGGGACAAAGGCAUUAUUUAACCUUGAUACGACGUUCAGGUCAGAUAAGGAAAAAUUCCUCAACAACACAGAAAACAAGCAGAACUUUCUAACCAUCCUGAGCAAAUACCUGAGAGACAACAACGUGGAUGCAAUACAAGCAGUCGAUGACGCUGAUACGUUGAUAGCAAGCACUGCAGUUCAAGAAGCAACAUCGCAUGAUACGGUCGUUGUCGGUGAAGACACUGACGUGCUUGUAUUAUUGUGUCACCAUGGGGACGAUUCAAGUCACAAUCUGCUUUAUAAAUCAGAUAUAAGGCGAGCAAAUAAGGCAAAUAAAGUCUGGGAUAUCAAGAAAACGAAAACUGUACUUGGACCAGAGUUAUGCAGCAUGCUUCCGUUCAUACAUGCAUACACAGGUUGUGAUACGACUUCUAGGAUACAUGGUAUCAGCAAGGAAGCCGUACUAAAGUUGUUCAAAACCAGUUCCGAAUUCAGACGGACCAUUGCGAUAUUUAAUGAAGGGGAACCAGACGUUAACGAAAUAACAACUCGUAGUGAAGAGGCAAUGAUUCUUCUCAACAACGGUGUUCCUUCUGAAGGGCUCGAUAUCCUGAGAUUCCGGAAGUUCACCCAGAAGGUUUGCACAAGUAAAACAUCCGUCCAAGUAGAGACAUUACCACCGACCACGGCUGCCUUUCGCUUUCACUCACUGCGCACAUACCUACAGACACAGAUAUGGCGAGGAAACAACAAUCUGGAUGCAGUAGAUUGGGGCUGGGAAAUAUCCAACAACAAAUUGAUUCCAGUAAGGACACAUCUGCUGCCUGCUCCUGAACAUCUACUCAAAGUCAUACGCUGUAAUUGCCGACAAAGUUGUGACUCAAAACGAUGCACGUGUAGAAAACAUGGACUCGAAUGUUCACAAGGCUGUGGGAACUGUCGAGGAAACUGUUCAAACUCCUCCUCCGUCAAUGAUGAUGACGACCUUGUGUCUGAAACCUGAACGUUUCAUAUGAACGACAUGUAUAGAGAGAUAAAAAAUUGUGAAAGGAUUCAAUGCAUUUAAGAUAAUAUUUUAAACCAUUCAGGUAUUUCAAUAAUUAUGCACAUCAUUUAUUUGUAUAUUUCUGUACUAAAUAGCAUUCGCACGAUAUAAUUGAUGCAAUAUGUAUAUAAGCAAAGAAGUAUAGAUUUAAAUAAUUAUAUAUUGCAUUAAGAAUGCAGUUAGUUUAGUGUGUGCAUAUAUAUUUAUUGUUUCAAAUUAGACAACGCAAGAUUUGCCAAUGAGUGUAUUUGAUUGUGGAUGUUUAUUUUCUAUGAUAAGUAUCCAAAAUAGAGUAUCUGUGGAAAAUUUUGAAAUAUAAAAUAUACUUUAAUCAUUCAUUUAAUAAUAAUAUUAUUAAACGACAUCAAAUCAAUAUAUGAUCUUUAAUUCCAUAUUGAACAAAUAGAAAAUAUAAGCUUGUCAAAAAUAUGUUUUUCGACAAUUUAUGUACAUUUAUUUUAAUAUGCAUUUCAUAUAAAAGGUGUGAAGUAUAUAUUGUCUUCACAUUAUAUUAACCAUGAAUAUAUUAAAAGGAAUUUAAGUAAAAAAUUAGUUGCUUAUUUUUACUUAAAUUAGAUAUUCUUGGGCUGCAUAAAUGUUUCUGGUUGCAAUGAAUUAUCUUCUUAGAAGAAUGAUCUUGAGUUUACAAUGGACCUGUUUGUAAGAAGUGGGUGGGGUAAAUUGACCCACGACAUACGAUA